AUGGGCAGAGGUGAAACAAAUGCGAAAAAGCGCAAGCGCCUAUCUGAGGCCAAAGCUACCCCGAUUGCCAGCAUCCCAGAACCCCCCGCCGCAGUGGCUGUUGAUACUUCAAAACCAACUGCUAUAUUUCAGCCAACAGAAGGGAGAGAUUGGACAGUGAGCGUUGCUCUUCCAGGAAGCAUAAUUGCAAAUGCACAAUCCCACGAACUUCGAACAACUCUAGCAGGCCAGGUCGCCCGCGCCCUAUCCGUCUUCUGCGUCGAUGAAGUCGUAAUCUUUUCAGAUGGCCACGGCACAUCCAAUCCGGCGAAGCGACAUCAUAACCGCACACAUUCCAAUUCCCACAGACCUGAUCCCACGCAAGACGAUUACACAGGCACAUCCGACCCCGAUCACUUCCUCAUCCACCUCCUCAGCUACCUCGAGACCCCUCCCCAUCUGCGGAAACUCCUAUUCCCUCUACACCCUAACCUCCGAACCGCUGGCACAUUACCCAGUCUAGACCUUCCGCAUCACUUGAAGCCUGAUGAAUGGUGUCCGUACCGCGAAGGUGUCACGCUGCCGGGCGCAGAUGAGAAUGGGACAUAUGUUGAGGCUGGAUUACGCAUACCCGUUACAGUAAAAGAGCAAAUACCGCCAAAUACAAGGGUGACGCUGAAGUUUGUUGAUGGAGCUGAGGAGGCGUCGAAGAACGCGAGUAUCGAGGAGAUUAAGGCGGAGCCUGUGAACCCCGAUGAGCCUAGAGAGGAGAGUGGUUACUAUUGGGGAUUCAAUAUCAGGAAAGCGGGGUGUUUGAGUGACGUGUUCACCGAGUGUGCGUAUGAGGGUGGUUAUGAUGUGACACUUGGAACGUCUGAGCGAGGCAUUGAUGUGGAGGAUUUGCGGUCAGGGAGCGAGGAACAGAAGAUUAAUGGAUUUAAGCAUCUUAUGAUUGUGUUUGGAGGGGUGGCCGGGCUGGAGGUUGCGGUGAAGAACGAUGAGGAGUUACAGAAGUUGGGCGUUGUAGACGCGAAGGAUGUUUUUGACCGAUGGGUUAAUAUGGAAGAAGAACCGGAGCCCACACUGCCACUACCAAAGCUGUCCUGGGAUCCGCGCACCGAAUCCUUCUCCAAUCGGUCAAGAAAACGCGUCAGAAGUAGUCCUCCACCUUCUAGCGACCCCGCCAUAUUCUCCAGCGAUGACGAUCCCUCUGCGGACAAUUACACGCAAGAACGACGUAAGAGAAAGUAUCGCGGGCCAUGGUAUCACCAAAGGCCGGCUUCAGAUGCUGGAACUCUAGACGAGCCUGAACAACAACGGAGGAAGGAGAAGCGAACGUUUGAAAGACAAUAUGACAGCGGGGUUUUCAUGGGGAGUGAUGGCAUGUCUGAUAUUGACGAGCUGAUGGAGAAUGCUGAAUCGUUCAACGCUUCCCCAUUACCACUGAGACAAUCUGGGCUAGUUCAGUUGCAAAAACCACUCCCGUCAGCUCAAGAAGUGGCUCAAAAACCGGCUCGGGAGAGGAUAGAACGAUGUCUAGAAGAAGGAGACGAAAGCGUCGAAUCUCUGGGCCUUAAAACUUUGUCUAAUGCCACUGUCCGACCCCUUGCUACAUUUACUCGUGUUCCACCAACCGCAACAGGAGUGUUUUCUCAGUUGGAACCGAGUUUGAAACUGUUCUUAGGUGCGAAUGCGCUUACAUCCCUCCCCGGUGAACUUUUCAAACUCGAAUAUCUAUCGGUCCUGAGUUUACGUUACAAUUCUUUCCGCGAGCUUCCACCCGGUAUCGGCCAAUUACACAAUCUCAAGGAGCUAAAUAUCUCACAAAACUCGCUUCGCUACCUGCCUUUUGAAAUCUUGGAGCUCUUCUCGACCAAGAGCCGCUUAGAGAACCUCCAACUGCAUCCAAACCCAUUUUACGAGCCGGUAUUCCCUCCUAAUCAAGAUGAUGAGCGACGUCCUACGAUUAGCCUUGGAAGCCCAUCACGGACUCGUCCUCGCCGUGGCGCCAUACUCUGCUUGUCACCGGAUCCUAGGCGACAGUAUUCUCACCCUCGCUGGAAGGUUACAUAUAAAGCUCGCACCGAGAUCCGAUAUUUGGCCGCUAAUGGGGAUCUCGUGAAGGGGUUAAUAUUUCCAGACUCGGACCUUGAAGACUCAGAUCGAGCACAGAAGUCUCUCCCAGUCGUGGAUGUAAAUGAUACAUACAGCCCCCCUCCUCCCCCAGGGAACUACCUAUCACGAGCUCCAUCUCUCCUAGAAGUUGCUUUAAACGCUUGUUCCCAAGCACCACAACUUCCAAAUCUCCCCUCACUCCUCCACGAAGAAUGUCCCUCCUACCUCUCCUCUCUCCUAGCCACUGCGUUAGCAAAGAAAGAAUCGGGGGGCAGCAAAUGCACAAUCUGUCAGCGGAAUUUCAUCAUUCCAAGAGUAGAAUGGAUUGAAUGGUGGGAAAUUGCAAAGAUCUUGGAUCAUAAAACCAUUGCUGGAAUGGCGAGCGCUGCGAGUACGUCAUCGAGUCCGUUAAGGGGGGCUGGGAAUAAGAGGGAUAUUUUGGAGAGCAUGGUUCCACUGAUGAGGAAGGGGUGUAGUUGGCGGUGUGUGCCAAUGAGCAAUGCGGUGGUUGAGGGAUGUGAUGCGAUGGAUUUGGAUGGGUAA